CGUCCGUCUGGGCUAUGGGGGGGGGGUCCGCGCGUGAUGACGUCAUGACCCCCCCAAAAGUAAAGAUGGCGACGGAUGUAGUGGUCCUCGGUGAUGGCAUCAGAAAACGGGUGACCACGGUGGGCAAAGAGCCGAUCUCGGAGUUUAGGAAUGGCACCAAGGUAAGAGUGCGCGUUUUAAUGGCCAAUCAUGGAGGGAUCUCGAGAGAGCACUCUGUCACUCACUAGGCAGGAUGGUGUAAUAUUUACCAUCAGUCUGGCAGAGGAGCUCGGUCACAGUGAGUUAAUAUCGGCAGCUUUGUAAUUGGUUAUAUUUCAGGUUACCAUGGUUGCUGUUUAGUGGAGCCCUAUAUAGUUACAAUGUCUGCAGGGGAGCAGUCACUCGCUUGUCUUACUCCAUCCGGGUAUAUGUUUAAACACCGCAAUGGGACUCGCUGAAGCAGCAAACCAUGUCCUAAAGAAGUGGCUUUGGUCCUAAGUGUCCCUUUUGUGACCCCGUGUCCCUUUUGCCCCUUCUCUGAAAAUCUGCAAUGUUUACAUUUCGCCUUGCAGACAGCCACCAGAGGUGCUUUCUCAUUCAUUUGCAUGAAGCCCUAUGCUGAUAAAAGUAUGUUCAAAGGAACAUCAUCAUCAUCAUCAUCAUCAUCCUGAGAACCAGAAAUUAAAGUGACUCUAUCCCCCUUGCAUGCACCAAAUACCUCUUCUGCAGCCCCAUUAAAAAUAAUAAUAAAUUAAGCAAAACUUAGUUUUAAAGCAAUACAUAAAGAUUAUGUAUGGAGGAAGUCUCGCACCCAUUCACGUUAUCCAUUAUAGAUUUAUAUUGUGUUCAUACAGCACAGCUCUCCACCUUACAUCUCUUUCUCAACCACAUGUAGAUCAUGCCUUUCCUACCCUUCAGACAUUCUCCCUGGCUACUGAACAAGAGGUGGCUGCGCUUCUCCUCUCCUCUCCUUGAUCCUGUCCCGCCUCACCUUUUCAGAUUUCUCUCCCCUUGUCUUGUGCCUUCCUUUACACACCGCUUCAACUGCUCUCACUCUUCUAAUGUUGUCCCUCAUGAUCUUAAACAUGCCACGGUAGUACCCAUCCUGAAAAAAAAACCCUCGACCUGUCCUCCCCUUCUAACUAUCGUCCCACAUCAUUGCUCCCUUUUCCUCAAAGCUUCUGCAAAGACUUGUCUUUACCCAUAUUUCUCACUUCCUCAAUUCUAACUCUCUUCUUGACCCUCUUCAAUCUGGCUUCCGCCCCUCCUCUCUACUGAGACUGCUCUUAUCAAAGUUACUAACAACCUAAUAACAGCCAAAUGCCACUACUUCAUACUAAUUCUUCUUGACCUCUCUACUGCCUUUGACACUGUUGAUCAUGCUCUCCUUCAAACUCUUCAAUCACUUGGAUGCUGUCCUCUUGAAGUUUUCCUCUUAUUUUCCCCAACACUCAUUCAGUGUCUCCUUUUCUAAUGAUACCUUCUCACUUCGUCCUGUCUCGAUUGGAGUCCCCCAAGGCUCUGUCCUUGGUCCCCUUCUAUUUUCUCUUUAUACUGUCUCUUUUGGCAAACUUAUUACCUCAUUUAGAUUCUACAAAUAUAUAUCUCCUCCCCGGACAUCUCCCCUGCUGUCCUGCAACAUGUCACUGCUUGCCUUUCUUCCAUUUCUGACUGGAUGUCCUACAGCUUUCUGAAACGUAAUCUCUCUAAAACUGAGCUCCUUAUCUUUCCUCCUCCUACUACUGAUCAUCCAGUUUCAGCUCUCCCUUCAAGUUAGUGGUAUCCACAUCAGUCCAUUCUUGCAAGCGCGCUGUCUUGGCGUUAAACUUGAUUCUGGCUUCACAUCCAGUAUGUUACCAAAUCCUGUAGAUUCCAUCUUAAAAACAUAGCCCGCAUUCCGCCCCUUUCUUACACAAGAUGCUACUAAGGAACUUGUCCGUGCUCUAGUAAUAUUUUGCAUUUUUGGAUAUUGUAAUCCUCUCCUAAUUGGUUUUCCCAAAAUCCAUUUUGCCCUUCUACAGUCUGUAAUGAAUGCUGCCUCCAGACUCCUUUUCCUCUCCAGUCGGUCCUCUCACACCUCACCCUGUCAGUCAUUACAUUGGCUUCCUGUGUCAUCUAGGAGUCAAUUUAAAGUACUAACCCGUCCCUAUAAAGCACUGAACAAUUCUACCCCGUCUUAUAUCUCUUAACAGAUCCAUAGGUAUGCCCCUUCUUGUUCUUUCUGCUCUGCCCAUGACUCCUUCUGUCUGAUGCUCGCACCCGUACAUCCAACUUACGCUUGCAGGACUUCUCGUUGGCGGCUCCCUUCCUUUGGAAUAGCCUGCCUACCGCCAUCGAGACUCUCCCCUAGUCUUCAAUCAUUUAAGAAGUGCUUUAAAACCCAUCUCUUUAGGAAAGCGUAUGGCCUCCCAGAGUAACCUCUACGUCACAUACCUGUUCCUUGCUCUCUCCUAAAGGGCAGCGCUCUGCUUCACCCCCACCUUUAUUUAAUUGCUAUCUUCUGUCCUAUUGUGUUUUAACCUCACCUCCUAUAGACUGUAAGCUCGUUUGAGCAGGUCCUCUUUAACCUAUUGUUCCUGUAAGGUGGUUGCUUUUUUUUUUGGUUCUUUUUAUUGUCUUAUAAUUAAAUCCCCCUCUCAUAAUAUUGUAAAGCGCUACACAAUCUGUUGGCACUAUAUAAAUGCCAAUAAUAAUAUUAUACUUUUAGGUUUACAAAGGGUGGAGCUUUAGACAAUAACCACACGCUUUAACAACUUUGUCAUUUGGUGCACUUGCCUCCUUCCAGCGUCGUGACACUGGGUGUUAAUUCUCGAACUGUCCCCUUAAUAAAAGAAAAUCAUUAUAUACACAAAUCUACUCAGUGAAUGAAACUUAUUUGUGUGUGUAUGUAUGUGUGCGUAUUUUAAUUCUAAAUGUAUUUUGAUAUUAAUACACUUAGAAUGAUAUAUAUACACACACAAGUUAUACAUGUAUAUUUAAAUAUUAUUUUUACAUAAAAAAAAUUAUUUAUAUAUAUAUAUAUAUAUAUAUAUAUAUAUAUAUAUAUAUAUAUAUAUAUAUAUAUAUAUAUAUAUAUAUAUAUAUAUAUAUAAAUUUUUUUUUUUUAAUUCUAUAUUGAGCAUCCUGCCUGACAAUCCACACAGAAAGUCUAAAGAACUUAAUUGGCAAACCCCUGUAUUUAACCCUGUAACUUUCCAAAACACAAAACUUGUACAUGGGGAAAGCUGUUGUUACUCAUGAGACAUCGCUGAACAGAAAUGAGUGUUUUACAGUAGUAAACCGUAUAAUGUGAAAAAUGCAAAAAAUAUGAACACUAACUUUUGACCAGGUUUGUGAUUUGUCUAUUAAGAAGACCGGACAUACCCCAUUUUGAAUAGCCUUGGUUGUCUACUUUUGCAAAUUGUAUGCCAUGAUUUUCAUUUCUGGGAGCCUCAAAGACACCAUUGGCCCAUAGGCCCAGCAAACUAAUUUGGCAAAUUAAAGUGUGUAAAAACUGAAAUGGGCAAGCCCUACAUUUGACCCUGUCAUUUUCCAAAACACCAUAAAACCUGUACAUUUCACAGCAAAUAUUAUAUGGAACACAAUUUAAUAUGAAAUAAAAUGUAAAGAAAUUUCUGCAUGGUAUUUUACCUGUGAAUGUCAUAAUACUGUACUGGUAGUUUUUAAUGAAAUAAAACACAAAAAUAUGUAUAUGCGGUCAUGUUGCACAAGUACAACACUUGUACAUGUUUGUGUUCCUGACUCUCUCAUGUUCCUUUUAAGGAUAGAAGUGCCCCCAUCCAUACAUUUUGUUUUUUAAAGGAUUAAAUAGAAGAAAGGUAUUUAUUUUAAAGCGACAUUUUAGUCACCAGCUUAAUGUAGUUGUUCUGGUGAGUAUAAUAGUUCCCUUCAGGCUUUUUCAUGCAAACACUGCCUUUUCUGUGAAAAGGCAGUGUUUACAUUGCCUCUAGGGACACCUCCAAGUGGCCACUCUUUAGAUGGCCACUGGAGGUGCCUUCUGGGUCAGUGCUUCCAAAAAAGCAGCCUUGAUGUUCAGCGUCCCCACUCUCUGCAUGGAGACACCGAAUUUUCCUCAUCGUGGCUAAAGAAUCGUCCAUUUUGAUGUCACAAAGGGGACAGAGCCAGAAUCAGCGGACCCGCGUGGCGCUGUAAAUAAGGUGAGUUUAACACUAUAGGGUCAGGAAUACAUGUUUGUGUUCCUGACCCCAUGGUGUUCCUUUAAUAAAUGUUCAAGUAGUAGACUUUUUUUUUUUUUUUUUUUGGGGGGGGAUGGGCAAACUGACAUUCGGUUCAGAGAAAACGAUAAUUUUUGCAGCAUCCAAGUCUAGAUGACACAAUGUUUUAUAGAGUGGGAAUGUAGGUAGCUCGAGCAUAUGGAGGAGUAAGUGUAUUAGGAACAUUUCCUAGACACAGGAAGUGGAGCUUACUCAGGCAUAAGAAAAGUUUGUUUUCCUGGCACUAUAGUGGUCCUUUAAUAGUUAGAAAAAUCAUUUUAGAAUUUUAUCCAAAAAUAUUAAAUCUAUGCCUUAAUUUGUGAGAUCCAUGAGCUGGUAUUUAACAUUCACACCCUAGGAUACCCUUUACCCAUAUGCCCAUAAUUAUAGCUAAUAGCCUUUGUGCUGUUUCACACGCCGCCCUGGUACAUUUUGGCAAUCUAUGGUGGAGCCAGUAAUUGCACCAUAACAAUAUUCAGUGAGUAAGAGUGCCAGGUUGGAAUCCCAGGGACUGAUCUAACACACGGAUUGUGACACUAUAACCGGGGUCUGUACCACUGUAGACCACACUUUUCCUGUCCUGUCUCCCCCCAUUAUUAAUAUAAAGUGGUAUAAAAUUGUUACAUUUCUUGUAUUCUUCAGGCUACAUUCCAUUAUUGUACGGUGCUCUGUGAUGAAAAGCGCACAGUGGUUGAUGACAGCUCUGAAAGAGGCAAACCUAUGGAACUGAUUAUCGGCAAAAAGUUCAAACUUCCUGUAUGGGAAAAGAUCAUCCAGACCAUGCGAGAAGGGGAGGUUGCUGAGUUUCUUUGUGACACUCCGGUAUGGAUUGAAAUACAUACAUGUAAAAUACGUGGAAUGAGAUUGGCGAAACUGGGCAUUCAAACAAUUAUUCUGAUUUUAUUUUUUUAUUUUAUUUAAAUUCUUAGCAUGUUGUUGAAUAUCCACAAGUGUCUCGUAGUCUGCGCAGAAUUGCAGAAGGACAAGACCCUCGUGAUGGCCAAAGACAUUGCUGUGGGGGCAUUGCUCAGCUUCAUGACCAUUCACUUGGAUAUACCGACCUGGAUGAUUUGCAGAAAGAUCCUCAGCCUCUUAUUUUCAUAAUAACCAUUUUACAGGUAUUUCCCAUGAACGUUUUUUUUUUUUUUUCUUUGCUGUCUUAAUUGCAUAUUCAUACAUUGGUGCUGUGUUCAUAAUGCAUCUUAUAUUCCAAUGAAUAAGUGAAUAUUAGGCAUAAUUAGCAGGUUAGAUAUAACGCUUAAACAUCAUCUGAAGACUAAAACUGAUAGAGAGUACAGAUUUUAUCAGGUAGACCUAAUCAGGGCAUGGCUACAAUUUGACUUUUUUCACUGCAUUUGCUUGUAGUUCAACACAUAUAUUGACACUAUUCUAAAUUCCUCUUGUAACAUCAUCAGGAUGUCAAGGAGACGGCCAAGUUUCCUACCUCACCUGCAUUUAAAAAUAGUUCAAAUUGAUUCAAAGUGUUUCUAAUAAAGAUUGCUGCAAAUGCAUUCUGUGUCCCAGUGCUCUGAUAGAACUAAAAUCAUAAGUAAUUUAUGACUUCAAAGCAGUUUGUGUUUUUUUUUUUUUUUUUUACGAACCAUUUUCGUCGACUAAAACAAUUCAGAUUACUAAAAUAUUCCUCAAACUAAAAUGGUAAAAGACUAUGACUAAAACUAAAUUAAAAUGUAGUUUGUCAUAGUCUGCCAUAAUUAAUACUGCACAGAGGGGCUGUGAAAGGGGCCAAAGAGACUGUUUGGAGCCAUAGUGAGGAUAACUUGUUUUUAAUCUGUUUAAUUCCCAAAAUGUAGUAAUAUAAACAAAAUAGGAACAACUCAAUUUAACCCUUUAAAGAACCAAGGCUUUUUUUUGAAAUGCAACACCUUUGUGACCAAGCCCUUUACAGCACUUUUGCCACGCGUUCAUUCUGCCACAAUGUCCCAUUUUCUGUAUAUGUGCACCCAUACAUAUUAUAUAUUCCUUUUGAAUGGAGAAAUGGGGCUCUUUUGUUACCCUACAUGUAUACAUAGGGAAAUAUUAAUAUUCUAUAAAACCCAUAUAUGGUCCCACUCAAAUAGCUGGCUCAGACUUUGUAACUUUGUCAACCAAAGGAUGAAGUGGAUGUUCCUUGGAAAUCUGUUCACUGCAGCUCCCCACUUGUUUUUCAGUAACUUAAGCCUUAUUAACUCCAUUAUACAAGGUAAGUAUAGGGAUAACAAUUUAUUGAAGCACUUAAAAUACACUAGAUUCCAUACAUAGAAACACGUAGUCCACCUCACUUAAUGCGUUUCCAAGCCUCUCUAAAAGUGUCCAGUGUGGUUUUAUAUAAUAUUGGUGUUUUACUGUAUUACCUUAUGGGCUAUUAAAAAAAAAACAUUUUAUUUAAAAUUUUAUUUGUGUAUAGAUGUGGCAUGGCAAGCCUGAUUGCCAUAACGAGAUAAUACUGCACGUUUUUAUGAAAUAUAAAGCACUGUAGUUAUAUUGAGUUAUGAUAUGAAAAGUAAAGAUGCUAUAACAUGCUUAUGUUGGUAGCCUAAGACUGUCAGCUAAACUGCACAUUGUGAGCUGGUCAAUAAGACUGGUUUGUCCAGUUCAGGUAAUAACUGGCUACUCUAGAAGUUACAAGUCACUGUGGUCCGGAGCACUAAGUAUCCAGGGAGAGUUACUACCCGAUCUGGGCUGCCUGUUUGCGUCUUUGGAGCUUUUCCCAGAAGCUGUUGAACAGGUCAUCUAGGCCCUGCUUGAUGUCCGCAGCAUGAUCAUAGCAGUACGUAGGAUUUGUGAGUUGGUGCGGCUUGUGUGGGGAGUGCUCAGCCGCCAUUGUGUGUGAGCCUCGUGAGUCAAUGUCUCUGAAGCUUGUGUACCGCUAUGGGGUCGAUCCAGACAGAUAACUCCGUUAGGCCUGGGAUAUCCCCCACAGGUCCAAAGGGGGGUGGUGUGGGAGUUGAGGUACUUCCCACACAAGUGAGGAGAGCGGCCGCUUCUCCCCGCAUGCUCUUCUGUAGGCCUCAUCAGCUGAUUUUGGGUUCCCAGGUGGGUAGAAAGAAGAUUCAAAUGUUCAAGAGUUCACCUGGGUAUCCACUGGCGUACAUACCGCAGUCGCAUGGGGUACCCACCAUAAUCUUUUGCUGUGCGCUUUAACAGUGCAACCGGUCCCCCUGUGAUGAGAUCGCACAGAGCUGGGAGGAAGUGACCGCACGUCACUCCUCCCAGCAUACAGAGUCCACGCGGGAGGAAGAACAGGGAGUCAGAGUGGGAACUCUGACUCCCAUCCACCUGAACUACCACUGGAUCCCAGGGAAAGUCAUGAACAUAACACCAAAGGUAAAUAUAAAAACAAAAUACCAGUGUGUGUGUGUAUAUAUAGUAAGAUGGGCUCUGAUUUCUAAACACAUGUACAUAAACCCAAUUGUAGCGCACGUCUGCGCAAAAAGAGAGGGGGAAGAAUAUACAAGUGCCACCAAUGAUGCACGAUAAGAUAAGAGAUAGUAGUGAAUCGUGCAGCCUGUAUGUCCGAUCACUAUAUAUAUUAAUUGGUAUAUAUAAUAAAUGUGUAUAGAUUGGUGUAUAUAUAUUUUAAAAAAAGGCACCUCAAAGUUCAAAACUGCGCACUGUUGGCGCUCUGAGAGUAUGUAUAUAGGAAUGAUGAGUUUGCGCCCCUAAACAUGUAUCAUUAAGUCAAAAGUAACCUACGACACUGAAAGUUCGUUGUGGUCCUAUGAUAUCUAAUUAUGUGCGAUGUAUAAUGACCAAUCUCUAGAAAGGAGCUUUGCUAGAGGGUGACAGACAAUAAUAAAACGAAAUAAAAAAAAAUAAAGUAAAGCACGUUAAUGAACUGCACCAUAGAGUAUAUGUAUCGGCAGACCAGGGUUCUAAACGGCAUACAGCCGGCGCUCUGAGAGUGUGUGUCUUUGAAUAAUAAGGGUGCAACCCUGAACAUGUAUCAAAAAGUAGCCAACAACACUGAGAAUUCAAUGUUGCACUAUUAUAUCAAGUUAAAUACAAUAUGUGAUGACCAAUGCUAAAAGGUGACUGAAAAAGUAAAGCAAAAUUGAAGAAAUGAUGAAUAAGAAAUAAAUAAAGGUGGAAGAAUAGAGUGCAAGAUAACUGUACUAAUACUCUGUACCCUAGAGUGGUAAAUGUGCUAUACAUACUAAGCUGUCUAGCACUAAACUGAUGAUUAGAAGAAACUAACACAGCGGCAAACGCUCCACCGCCGUGCAUUCAAGGGCACCUGAAUCUCACCCCACUCAGAUAUACAUAAUCCGAAAUCAGAGAGAAAAUAGCCUAUUCUGAUAAGAGAGAAACGGCAUGUAUAGAGCCGUGCUGCCCCUAAAAUUACCUUGGGUGUAUUCAAGAAACAGGAGGGUGACUUAAACAAUUUGUGUUUGGUGUGUUUGUUUUUUGUUUUUUUUUUGUGUGUGUGUGUCUGUCUGUAUGUAUAUAUGUGUGCCGGUGUUCUAUCAGUUUGGUAUACCCCGUCAGAUUGCUAUACCCACGUCACUUCCGGGGAGGGGAAUCAGCUGUCUCCUGUGCUGCACAUGCGUGCUAGCACUCCUGCUACUCCUCCACAGCAAGGUCCUGGAAGGUAAGUAAAACUAGUUUUACACUUUCAUUAUAGUUAGUGCAUUCACUAAGCUUAGGGCAUGGGACAUUUAGGGUUAAUAUUAGGGUUCAAAUUAGGGUUAGGAUUAGGGACUUGUUCCUAUUUAGUGAUAUUUCACAUUAGGGGAAUAUCACUAAAUAGUGAAUUCUCACACUUUAUUUUAACCCUUACCCCAAGGGUUAGGGUAAGAAUAGAGUGUGAGAGAGGUUAGAAGCACUUACCUAACCCUAAUUUGAACCCUCACCUAACCCUAAAUGUCCCGUGUGCCUAAGCUUAGUGAAUGCACUAACUAUAAUGAAAGUGUAAAACUAGUUUUACUUACCUUCCAGGACCUUGCUGUGGAGGAGUAGCAGGAGUGCUAGCACGCAUGUGCAGCACAGGAGACAGCUGAUUCCCCUCCCCGGAAGUGACGUGGGUAUAGCAAUCUGACGGAGUAUACCAGACUGAUAGAACACCGGUCUGUGUGUCUGUCUCAGGGGAAUAGGGAAGGGGGGGACCCAUGAAUGAGUUUCGCACCGGGGCCACAUGGAUUGUGUGUACGCCCCUGCGGUAUCCCCAGUACAACAAAAAAAAACUUCAAAGGGCGGUCGUGCCAAGUUUCUGUGGUGUUUUCCCCCAUAUUAGGUUUUUUUUUUGGGGGUUCUGGAGCUUAAUUUCUGCAUGUCCACUCCCCCCCUACCAUUUUUUUUUUAUUUUUUAUUAUUUAAUUUUUUUUAUAGGCUUUAAAACUGUACAGAUUGGGGUAAAAACCUUGCUUUUAUUUUGUGCUCUCUCUCUAUUCUAUUGAUUCUUUUUGCACUUUAUUUCUGUGUUUGGGUGAACACAUAGGUGAUAAUAGCACCAAUUUAUAAUACCCUAAACUAAUCCUUUAAUUUAUUGUGUAUAAGGUUAAAUUUGGAGGGGGGGGGGGGGUAAAUUUCACUUUUAAUAACUUUUAUAAACCAACUGCAACUAAAGAAAACUAACUCAAUAGAUUUACUAAAACUUUACAAUAUUUAGCGUGCAGAGAUUACAAUGGUUAUAGUAGUCACAGAAUCGAUAACCGCUAAACAAAUCUACAUAUUUGUAGAAAGCACAUACCCCAGGUUAUGUAACGAAGGGAGUAUGUUCUUUCUACAAGUAAAAUAAAACCCCUUCAGUCACUUAUCUGAAUCCCUCAACGAUGUCAGCCGGCAGGGGUGACCUAAUGCACAUGGGCAUAUUAUUCAGUGCAUUCCUAUGGGUAAACAUCUGACACUGGAGGUCCUCAUGCAGAUGAUGACGUCCAGUGUCAGAUACCGGAACAAAGAUCUGUUUCAAACCACAAAGUCCAGACAGCCACUGAAUGUGGAGUUAACCCUCAGAGGUAAUUAUUGUAGUUUUUUAGAAACUGCAAUAAUUACCACUGUAGGGUAAAGGGACAAGGCACCCAGACCACUUCAAUGAGCUGAAGUGGUCUAGGUGCCUACUGCAAGCGCGAGUUUGCCGUACGGGUGAGAGCGAAGGGAAUGAGCAGGGGCAUACCUCUGGAUCUGUGAAAAGAUAUGAGGGGCUAGAAUUGUUCAGUGCUUUAUAUGUAUGGGUUAGCAGUUUUAAUUGAUUCCUAUAGGAUACAGGAAGCCAGUGUAAGGACUGACAGAGGGGUGAGGUGUGAGAGGACUGAGGAAAAUCAGUCUGGCGGUGGCAUUCAUUAGAGACUGUAUACGGCUUUUGGGAAGACCAAUCAGGAGAGGGUUACAAUAAUCCAUGCGGGAAAUUACUAGAGCAUGGACAAGCUCCUUUUGUAAGAAAGGGGCUGAUGCAGGCUAUGUUUUUAAGUUGGAAUCUACUGGAUGUAAGGCCAGAGUCAAGUAUGACAACAAGACAAGCGCGCUUGCAAGAAUGUACUUAUGUAGAUACCACUGACUUGAAGGGAGAGAAAAUAGAAGGGACCAAGGCCAGAGCCUUGGGGAACUCCAACCGAGACAGGACGAGGGGAGGAGGUAUCCUUGGAAAAGUAAACUAUAAAUGAGCGUUGGGAGAGAUAAGAGGAAAACCACGAGAUGGCAGAGUCACAGAGACAGAUUGAUUUGAAGAGUUUGAAGGAGGAGAGCAUGAUCAACGGUGUCAUAUGCAGCAGAGAGGUCAAGAAGAAUUAAGGUGGAGAAGUGGCCUUUGGAUUUAGCUGUGAUUAGGUCAUUAGUAACUUUGAUAAGAGCAGUCUUAGUAGAGUGGAGAGGGCAGAAGCCAGAUUGAAGAGGGUCAAGCAGAGUUAGAAUCGAGGAAGUGAGAAAUAUGGGUAAAGACAAGUCUUUGCAGAAGCUUUGAGGAAAAAUGGAGCAGGGAUAUGGGAUGAUAGUUAGAAGGGGAGGACAGGUCAAGAGAUUUUUUUUUCCUUUCCUUCAGGAUAGGCACUACAGUGGCAUGUUUAAGGUCAGCAGGGAUAAUGCCAAAAGAGAGAGCAGUUGAAGAUGUGUGAAGGAAGGCACAAGACAAGGGGAGAUAGAUCUGAUGAGGUGACAUGGGAUAGUAUCGAGCGGGCAAGUGGUGGGGCGCGAGGAAAGGUUGUUCUGGUGAGUAUAUUCAGUCCCUUCAGCCUUUUUCCAGUAAACAUUGCUUACAUUACAGCCUAGUGAAAACUCCACUGGCCACUCAGAUAGUUACUAGAGGUGCUUUCUGGGGCAGUACUGUCAUUCAUUGUCUCCUCCCUAUGCAUGGAGACAUUGAACUUUCCUCAGAGAUGUAUUUAUUCAAUUAAUCUCUAUGAGAUGCUGAUUGGCCAGGGCUGUUUGGUUCUGCCUCCUUGACAGUUUCACCCAAUCCUAUGGGGACUUAUUGUGAUUGGCUCAGAACAGCAGCAGCUGCAGACUUGAACAAAAGUAAGAUUUACUAUAUUCGGGGUGGGAGGGGGUGCUAGAGGGUGUUUGUCACUACAGGGUCAGGACUUCAUAUGUGUUCCUGACCCUGUAGUGUUACUUUGACCUGACUUUACGAACGCCAACAGUUUUCACUUUAGUAAAUAUCCUUUAUAGUGAAAAUUUUUGUUUCUGACACCAUCCUGUUGUUGUGUAAUAGAACAUUUCCCUCUCUGCAGAUACAGGAACCUGGUACAUACAGACAGGAUGCCUGGGCCAUGUCUGAUGAAGAGAAACUGGAUGCUGUGCCACUUCUCCACCAAGAAGGAAAUCAAUUGUACAAAGAAGGGAAGGUUGCUGAAGCAGCUGCCAAAUAUUAUGAGGCUAUUGCCUGCCUUAAGUCCUUGCAAAUGAAGGUGCUUUAUGAAGCUUUACUGAAAUAUGUUUCCUUUCCCUUUGUAUUAAAUUAUUAAUGCCUCUUCUGAAAUUUAGGAACAGCCAGGUUCUCCGGAUUGGAUUGAUCUGGAUUUGAAGAUUACGCCACUUCUGUUAAAUUUUUGCCAGUGCAAAUUGCUUCAGGGCGAAUACUACCAGGUUUUGGAACACUGUUCAUCAAUACUCAACAAGUACUCCGGUAGGUAUUUUCCCCGUUUCCAAUUCACAUUAAAUGGCACAUGUACCACUGCAGUUUUGUUAUAAAUAUAUUGACUAUGAAAAAUAUAUUUAAAUCUGAGUAUUACUGUGGAUGUUCAUACUAUUGAGUCAUAGACUUAUCUACAGACUACUGCUGCUCCUCUCCUGAGCUGAUCCAAUCACAAUGUCUGGAUUUUGUAAAUCAGGCAUCAAACAGGCCUGAAUUGGAGGGGGAGGAGAAUUUAGUAUGAACCUGUAAAAUGUGUACACAAUGGCAAAACAGCAUUAGCAUUUAAGGAAUGGAACAUUUUAGUUGAAGAAAGGUUAACAAAUGUAUAAAUCUUUAGGUCAAAGGUGGUGUUGCAGCAAUAUAAGAUCUCUGUAUGUGCAGCAUUUCAUACGUUGCACAUAAAGACUCCAAGCAACAUAACCACUUCAAAACACCAAAGUGAUCAUGGUACUUAGAGUACAUGUAAACUGGUACUGUGUUGCAUUGUAGGUGCGACUCUAGUGGUUAUUAAUGGUUUUUCUCCCCUCUCACAGACAAUGUAAAAGCAUUAUUCAAAAGAGGUCGUGCUCAUGCUGCAGUAUGGAAUGCAUCAGAGGCAGAGGAGGAUUUUUCCAGAGCAGUGUCUCUUGACCCAUCCCUUGCACCACUUGUUGCCAAGGAACUAAAACAGCUAGGGGAGCGUCUUCAUGAAAAAGAAUGUGAGGACAAAGCAAGAUUUCGAGAUAUCUUCAAAUGACUGUAUUAGACCAUCUUUAUGCCUGUGUAGUACUAUCCCAGUCUGUAUGGAAACAGUGUAUUAUUUAGACAUGUGAAUGGCACCAUCUUAUAUUGUUGCUUAAUUGUUCUGCAGCCAUUUUGUGACAAGGCAUGUGGUAUCAUCUUCACCCUAUAGGCAGAGGAAACAAGUCUCACAUGGAAAUUCUAGCCAAUAAAAAAGGGAGAAUUAUAUUACUGUGAUACAUACAUGCAAAGAAAUAGGUCAGAGCAAUGCAUUUUUUGUGCUGCUUUAAAAUUAAGAUAUCAUUGGGCAACAAUGCAGUUAAUGUACCAGUUGACGUGCACAGUCACACAUGAUCAAGUGUAAACUUUAUUUAUUAAAAAUAAAAAAAAAGCAAAGUGUUUUACAGAAAGUGCGGAACGCUAGAAAGGUCACGUGCGUGCAUUGCGCUCUGUUUCAGCAAGGCAUUCUCUCACAAGAGCUCUGGCAUGGAUUAUACCUGGAAUAAAAAUAAAACAAGUAGGUAUACCAGACUGUAUAAUAAGCCUGUAUGUAAAAUAGAAUUCAGACAUAGUAUAAUCAUAUGAUUACAUUACAUGAGUCCUUACCUCUCUUCAAUCUUUCCAUUGCACUUUUACUUCCUGCAUAAGUAGGUCUGAUUUCUCUUCCCAUCUCCUCAAUCACAGACAAUAGGUCACUGUAGGUGCCUUGAGAAACUGCUUGUGAAACAGCUGGCUUCACUCCCUACCAAAGAAGAAAAAAAAUAAUAAUAAUUAGGUAAACUUUUAAAGUUGUCAAACCCAAUAUAUUUGUAAUCUAUAUCUACACUUUAUUUUCUAUUGUUUACACAUACAUAUUGCUGCAUGCAACUAUUUAUUAAAGUACACAGAUGUUGUUUGUGUUGGUAUACAGAGACUUUAUGCAAGACCGGGCUCAAAUAAAAUCUGAGAACUACUUGUUCACUUACAAAAGGGCUUUAAAGUAACAAUCUAAGCUACAUAACCAUUACAUCAUGGUUAUGAUGCUGUAGGAGUGCCCUGGCACCAGCCCAUAAUCCAAGCUGUCAAACAGUUUUAGUAUUGUUUGACAAUUUACGCGGGUGCUACCAGGAACCUGCAUCUGGUCUUCUCCAAGAGGAGAAGCAAGAGGUCUGUAGAGUUAAGCGUUGCUGAUGCAGUAUUGUGCCAAUUCGGAGUGCUCAGCUGUCAGGACAGAAAAGGAGCAGUUUUCUUUAAAGGCCCACUAUACUAUAGUUGUGAGCCAGAUUGAAAAGCAAUACGGACAUUGGAUUCUUCUCGACCAUUGGACAUAUUUAAUAUAAUACUAGAAAUGGCCAUUUUAGCCAAUAUAUGACUUUUUUUUUUUUACUUGCAAUUGCCUUUUGAGUUUUUCUGUCAGACAAAAAAAUAAAUAAAAUGCCUAGAUCUAAUAUACACAUAUUAAACUUCAAGCUGUAUUUGUUCUGGUUUUCCUAUCUCUACCAUAUAUUUAAAUCCCUUUAGUGUAUUUACUUCUACAGCUUUUGCUUGAACAAUAUUCAAGGCAUCUAUUACUAUUUUAGUGAAAGACUCUUAUCGUCACUUCUAUGUAAAUUACACCAUUUAAUAAAACAAUGAAAAAUCAUCUAUAG